GACAUCACGGCCGGCCAGAAGAUGGUGUCGGCCAUGUCGGGAAGCUUGUUGACGUCGCUGCUGGUGACUCCGUUAGAUGUCGUCCGUGUGAGGCUACAGUCGCAAUCAACCACCAUUCCCGCGCCGACUGUCGAUUUCUCCAGGCUUAUGCGAACAACCACCAGCCUAACCCCCGUGCAAUCGGCUGAACUUGGUGUCACGGCUUGCUGCCGCGAAGUCUUCUUCGCAGGAGGCAGCGCGAUAGACUACUGCCUUGCUGUUCCGAGAAUCGAAGGCAUCACGGCACCAAGUGGAAGCAGCGCCGCCGCCGCCGACUGUGCGGUGCAAGAGGUCCAGAAGAAGACAUAUCACUCGACGAUUGAUGGGCUGCGCAAGAUUGCCCGCAACGAAGGAUUCACAACGCUAUGGAGAGGCCUCUCACCCACCCUCGUCAUGACGAUUCCCGCCAACAUCAUCUACUUCACCGGAUACGAUUGGCUGAGGUUUAACCCCCUGAGUCCAUUUUCUGGCUUCUCGACGGAUUACGCGCCUCUUGUUGCCGGAUCUGUCGCUCGACUUCUUGCGGCGACAUCUGUCAGUCCUGUUGAGCUCAUCCGCACUCGUAUGCAGGCUGCCUCUGGCGCCUCGACGACAAACCACCUGGUUGAGACUUUCAAUGGAAUCCGGACCAUGGUUGCCACCCAUGGCUACACUUCACUUUGGCGAGGGCUGACGCUAACUCUGUGGCGAGAUGUCCCGUUUUCCGGUCUAUACUGGUGGGGAUAUGAGUCGAUCCGAUCUAGAAUAUCGGAUAUUCGGGAAGAACGCCAAGGCAGGCCGUUGGCCCGUGACACAAUUGAUGGACUCAACCGUACGACAGCACGGCGUCGAUCACAGAGCCGGGAGAAUCACACCGAGACCUUCCUCGACAGUUUUACUGCCGGAGCUAUAUCUGGUGCUCUCGCAUCGAUACUGACCAUGCCGUUUGAUGUGGGCAAGACGCGCACACAGGUCUUCCACGACUCAUCGCGCCGCGGUGCUGGAGGUGCACUGGCGCCUGAAGAACAGAACAUGAUGCGGUUACUGUGGCACAUCUUCAAGACGGAGGGAUUCCCUGGUCUGUGGCGAGGUUGGAUCCCACGAACCCUCAAGGUAGCGCCGGCCUGCGCCAUCAUGAUCAGUAGUUACGAAGUCGGCAAGCGAGCAUUCCGAAGCGUCAAUGAGCGCUCUAGAAACGAAGGCUUUUCCAGAGAGGACUAAAGAAGAAGAUGGGGCGAGAUGAAAUAAAAAUAAUUGGGUUUUGGCUUUGGCUUUGGCUUUGAAGCGGAAUCUUCAACAUUUUGGCGUUUUUUGCUUUAUACGGAGUUUGAUAAAAGGGACGAGCUGUGAGACGGCCCGUCCCUGUGGCAUUUUGCUUUUUCUGAGCUGGGUCUGGCGACACUCCUAUUCUUGUUGGACGACGAUUUGAAAUCCCUAGUUAGACUAAAACUUGCGUGUGUACGAUAAGCUUAGCGGAAGAUGUCUAUGAUAAUAAUUGCGAAG